UACACGUCACACGCCAACAGUCAGUUACCUGUCCCAGCGUAACUUGAGAGCGGACUGGAGUUGUGAGUUUGGAGUUGCCAGCCUUUUGGGAAAUCAGAAUUUUUGACUUUUCGUUAUCAAUUCUCCAUAAGGAAAGUUGUAUGUCUUAUGGACUUCAUGUUAUGAAGGUCCUCUGAGGAUUAGUCGUCAUUUCACAUCUUGGACCCUUUUCUUUAAUUCGUGUCAUUGAUUAUCACUCAAAAUGUCAACUGCAGGAUUAGCGAGCAAUUCACUUGCUUCUUUGUACGCAAGAUACGCCAUGGCAGAUCCGAGAUUCGCGUAUCAAGCUCCUGGACUUUUCUACACUCAAGCAGAUUACAACCGUGCCUAUGCCUUGAGUAUGUUAGCGGACUUGGAGAGACGUGAGCAGCCGCAGAAACCGCCGUAUUCGUACAUUGCACUCAUCGCGAUGGCCAUCAAGAGUGCCCCGGACCGAAAGAUCACGCUGAACGGGAUUUAUCAGUUCAUCAUGGACCGGUUCCCGUACUAUCACGACAACAAGCAGGGGUGGCAGAACUCCAUCCGCCACAAUCUCAGCCUGAACGACUGCUUCCUGAAGGUUCCGCGGGAGAAGGGAAAGCCAGGGAAGGGAAACUAUUGGACCCUGGACCCGAACUGCGAGGAGAUGUUCGAGAAUGGUAACUACAGGCGCAGGAAGAGGAGGGCAAAGAAUGCACUCAAGGGCAUCGGGAAGAAAGACGGGGCAGACGAAGGAGACUGUUCUUACGAUGACGGGUUCGAGAACUCGGACGACGUGGAUGUCAGUAAUGACUACGAUGAGGAUGAUGUCCGGUCGGUUUCACCGCGGUCUUGUGAUUCACCCCAGGAACUCAGGGACACUGGGUUAGACUCUGACGAUAUGUGUGACAGCGAUUCGGGGUGUAAGGUCGGCAGCAGUGUGUCCUCGAGUGAGCCUGGCGAAAAACCUACAGACUUGUCCUUACCGUUAAAACGAAAACUUUUCACUAUAGACAGUAUCAUGGGACGCGAAACGGAGUCGGAUAGUGCCAGCAAACGUGUGAAAGACUCUACCUGUCAUGCCAGUGAUGAUAGGGUUUCAAAACACGACAAUAAUUCUGCAGAUAAUUCGAAAAAGGACAAAAAGACUGACAUUUUUGAUCGAAUUCCUUCGCCGCCACCGAAAAUUUCGCCACCGUGCAAAACUCAGAUGUUUUUUCCACCCGGUUUCGUGCAAAAUCCAUACUCGCUUCACCCCAUGCAGCGGACUUUACUCGGCCCUUACGGGAAUACUGCCAUGAACCCGGCGAUCCAUGGACUUACUUCGCCUUACGCUGGCUUGGCCGGUGCGACAGGAUUAUCUUACCUCGGACUUGAUGGGGUUCGUAUGUCACCGUACGCCGGGGCCUUUGCCUCGCCGCUGCAAGUUGCUUACCCCCACGGGAACGGGGCUCGGGCCGGCAUGACAGCUUGGCCACAGGACUCUGUGAUUGCUAGUGAAGCUGCCUCCCGGUCGACAGAGGGCCUACCGGUUGACAGCAAGAUGUGAGAGAUGAGAGACAUACAUUCAGGUAUCAAUAUUUUUGAUCGUCUUCUGGUUUGACGACCGAAAGAAUAGGCCAGUUUCGCAAGCCUGAGCUAUGGAUAACGAUCUACGAAGUAAUGUAUUUUAUUUCAUGAUUUAUUCCUUCUACAGAUAAAUUCUAGAUGAUUUACGAGUGACGUGUAAAUGAAUUAGCACCGUAUAUACUUGAUGACACCACUGCAUUUCGUACUUUGUCUUUCGUAACGGAUUGUGAAACCUGUUUAUUCUCAAGAUUUAAUGAGAUGGUAAGAGUUUUGUAAACCGUCCAAUCCAUGAUCAUUAUGACUUGCAUUUUAACAGCCUGGGUUCAAAACGCUCACAUCCAACUGAUCCAUUUACUUGUAUUUCAUUGAGAAAGAAAGUGAUCAAACUUUGAAUUUAUUGGAAAUCAGAAAAUUACGUUAAUUUGCGUUGGUUCGUUGGUUUAGGUUGGUUGCUCUAAGGUUGGCCCGUCUUCCUCCGUAGCCUGCGCCCGCGCGUUCUUGAAGCUCGACAAUGUCUAUACAUUGAGGGACAAGAAUGUGGCCGACUGAACGUUCUUCAUUCGAACAAUGCCAAAUGCCAUAGCUUGGUUAAAAUAUCUAAAAAUUCAAUGAUGUCACGUGAUGAGGUAGAGUGUUUUGCAUCUAUCGUGUGCAUGUUUUAUCAUUUAUUAUUUCGUCAUCAAUUGGAUAGACGGCACAGAGGAGUUUUCACAGUAUCUCUAGACCAUGCUCGAGAUGAAGAAAACUUGGUUACAUGUAUACGCGGUAUUUCCAUAUUUAUCAGGGCAGCAAUUUAAUUACCGGUCUUCGGUACUUAGUUGCUUAUAUCACCAGGCUUAAGUUGGAAAUACAAGUGAUAUCUUUUCAGCCAAAGAUUCUGAUGUUAAAAUCCAACAUUCAGGUAUAAGUCAGGUACGCGUACACUUUGCAUGUUUUCGUUCGAUUGUUGGACACAAAACCAUUUUAUAAAGCCAACUGACACUCAUGUGUUUCAUAUUGCCAUCUCAAGAACUUUUGAACAAGUUUGUCCUACGGAAAAUCCCUUGUUUAGACAUCACUUAUGUUGUGCGUUGUGGGUGAUCAAAAAAUCGUUUUUUCCACUUUGAAAUCUAGGAUGUCACAGUUAACUUUCUGAUCUCAUUCCCAGAGACAAAUUACUGUAUAAACCGUGUAUUUUUACAAUAAUUAGACAGAGAAUGACACUGUUUGAAUUGAAAAAAACCCAGCAACCCCAAAUUGGCUUAUGCAAAAACAGUUCCAUUCCUAACCCAAAGUAUACCUAUUCCACUUGUUUUCUUUGCUAAA